UACACUUCAGUUUCUUCAAGCAUUUCCCUCCUCUCUUUGGACUUGGCUCAGCCAACACUUAAUUGAUUGCUGUUGUUUCUAUUUAGCUAUGGCCAUCUCUAGGGUUUUGUUGUUGUUUGCUCUCUGUGUGCUUCCGGGGCUUGUCAGCGCACGCACAUUGGGCAACCCCUUCCACAUUCAAGGCCGCGUCUACUGCGACACUUGCCGUUGUGGUUUUGAGACCACUGCCACCACUUACAUUCCCGGUGCAACUGUGAGAAUUGAGUGCAAAUACAGGAACACCUUGCAGCUUGCUUACAGUGUUGAGGGAGAGACCGACGCAACUGGAACAUACAACAUUUUGGUUGAAGAUGACCAUGAGGACCAAAUCUGUGAGUCUGUUCUUGUUAGCAGCCCAGUAAAUGACUGUAAAUCAGCAGACCCGGGACGUAGCCGUGCUAACGUGGUGGUCACCCGUUACAAUGGCGUCGUUAAGGACAAGCAUUACGCAAAUAACAUGGGGUUCUUCAAGGAUCAGCCGUUGGCUGGGUGUGAAGAACUGCUAAAGCAAUACUUGAACUAUGAUCAGCCAGAAUAGAGGAGGAGCUAUAUAUAGCCUUGUUGUUAGUUCAUGUGGGCUAUCUUAGAUUUGAGCUGUAAUAUUAAUGCUGUUGGAUAAAAACCUGUCAUUGAUCUCAAUGAUAUGGUGCUGUCUUUAAUUUGUUUAGUUUGUAGACAUUAAUGUUUUAAUCUUAAUGUUCUGUUUCACUAUAUAUGUAUGUAUU